AUGGCUGACUCUUCGCAUCAUCGUGCUAGCCAAACACCCUUUCACUCUCUUCCUCCUCCACCACCACAGCCACCGCAUUUGAUAACUAACAUUAAAAAGGUUCAAAAACCCACCACCACUAGCUCCUCCACCUCCACCUCCGCCAAACGCCCCAUCAAUGGAAAGCACCCAAUAUACCGGGGAAUAAGGAGCCGAAAUGGCAAAUGGGUAUCGGAGAUUCGCGAGCCACUAAAGACCACUCGUAUAUGGCUAGGAACUUACCCUACUCCGGAAAUGGCUGCUGCCGCCUAUGAUGUGGGGACACUUGCCCUUAAAGGCAAUGAAAAAACAGUAUUGAACUUCCCGGAAUAUGUUAGCUAUUAUCCGGUGCCACCUUCGCCUUCAGCGCCGGAUAUUCAAAGAGCAGCCGCCAGUGCGGCGGCGUUGAUGAAGUUAGAGACCGGCAGUGGUACAGAUGCCGCUGUUGGACAGCCAGCGAAUAAUGAAUCAGUAAAUGAAUUAAUUUCGAAUAAUGAGCAUGAUUUUGUAGAUGAGGAGGCACUGUUUGAUAUGCCUAAUCUGCUGGUGGAAAUGGCCAACGGAAUGCUGGUUAGCCCACCAAGAAUGACCUCACCGCCGUUGAGUGACUCCGAAUCACCGUUAAACUCGGACACUGAAAGUCUGUGGAGCUAUUUUUAG